AUGCGCCACAGUCCGUCAGUUUUAGCACUCGUUGCAUUUCUUUUUACCGUCACUCAAUCGGCCACAUCUUAUCCUAUAUCCACUAGUAAAUGGGUCAAAGCUGAUCAAUUUGAUGAUAACAAGGCUCAUGGAUCAUGGAGAUCCUUUGAAAAGGAUGGGCUCGAUUUAUUGCCUGGGCUGUCAAACGCCAAACAUAACCCGAUCCCAUCGUGGUCAAAUGGCUAUACGGCAGAACGAGGACUCGACCAUCCUUACACAUACAAACCCUCACCAGUCCUCGCCCCAGCAACGCUAGAUAUAAUGCCUGAGCAACUGCACAACACGCAAGAACAUGAAUCAGGGUCCAUUGAUGGAGCCGAACAGAGACAAAACCACUAUAGCGAACUCUUGAGCUACUUACACGCCAAAAACGCCCUGAACAAAGACCCCGGCCAUUCUACACCUGCCUCGUUCUCUCUCGCAUCCUCCGCAGGUCAUUCUGUCUCCUUCUUUUCAUACCGCCUCUCGUGGCCAACUUUGGGAUCUAGCACCUCGACCAUGCCUAGAUACCCACUUCCGGGUAUCUUUACAACGGUGAUAAUCCUACUGGCGAUGGUUUGGAUUGCUAUCUUCACGAUUGGAUUGGUUGAACUGGGAAAUUAUUUCUGGGCACGAAGAAGAGAGGCACAAGGUGAUGAGGAAGAAGUUGAGCAUGGCGAGGAAGAAAGCGUACGCUUGGAUAGUUUGAAGUCGGUGCCGUUCACGGUUAUUUUUCCAUCAAACAGAAUCAGGUCUAAUUCAGAAAGAGAGGAGGACGAAUACCAGGUAGCUGUCUUCACCGACGCUGAUUUGAAUUCUGGUUCGAGCUCUGAUGAGGAUCAUCAGCUUAUUUGA